CCGCAAAGUUUGAAUGAGUUCAUGAAUUCUAUCACAAGGAAAUUCUAUAAAUUGGUACUAUACAUAUGAAUCAAGCAAAUCAUCAAGCCAAUUUAAAGUGAGUACUCUCCCCUUUCUGUCCAUAUUCUUCCUCAAUCUUUUGGCAAAAAAAAAAACUACCUCAGCAGAAAAACAGUCAAUAUGUAUGUAACAAGGCCUCUGUCUAUGUAUAGAAGGUCUCCCGAUUCACUAUCACUACCAACGCCGGAAGGUCCAAAUUCCGGUUAUCUUGUACUACACGAUGAAGAAUCAGAUGAAACUACCUGUUUCGGAUGUUGCGAAGAUCCUCAUGUGCAAGGCUUGCCUUUCCCUCAGAACAAGAAUCUCACAGUUGAAUAUUCCUCAGAUGAUGAUGAUGUUGCCUUCAUUCCAGUUCUUGAUAAGCCUUUAUCUGCCAAUACAUACCAUGUGAUACGCCGGGAUGGGAGACACAGAGGGAAAGUGUACACAAAUUCAAAGGAAGAGGACAUGGCAGAUUGCUGUUUUGGCAAAACUGUUCAAGAUGUAAAACCAAAACCAUUGGAUCCAUCAGACAUAUAUCAACAAAUUGAGAUAAUUCCAAGGAAACACCGCGGUUACUUUACUGCCAAGGCUGUUGCUUCAGAUGGGUUUCCUCCUUCCUUUUUGAGGAGAAAAGAUUGGACAGUGACCAUGAGCACACCCCAUCAUUAUCAACUAGGUGAAGCUCCAGGACUCAACGCUUCGAAGCGAUCAGGCCUUCCUGGUUUCGACUUUCCACUGUCCAAAGAUUGUUCUGAGGCUAUGGUAGUUGGCAAGUGGCACUGUCCUUUCUUGUUUAUCAAGGAAGGGGGACUGGAGUUGAAGCACCAAAUGAAGCACUGCAUGUUCUAUGAAAUGAGACUGGAGCAAAGAUGGGAGAGAAUUUUCGACAAGUACAAUGAAGGAAAGAGCAACAAUGCUAAUGCUGUGUUUGUGGAUGCAUUUGUUCAAAGAGAGGCGGUAUUUAUUGCUGGAAGAGAAGCUUAUUCCGAUAAUCUAGACAGAGUUCAUGUCGUCGAUGAUUUCUUGUGGUUUAAGAGCUCUGAUGGUGGGGGAGGAGAAAGGAGUGUAGGGUUGAGCAUGAAAAUUAUUGAGAGAAUGAAGUGGGAGCAAGAAAGAGUUGGAUGGGUUGGUGGGGAGAAAAGAAAAGUGCGAGUGGAGAAAACCGAAAAGUUUGGGGGAACUGAUGGUUGGAAUAGAUUUGCUUGUUAUAUGUUGGUGGAGAGGUUUGUGUUGAAGAGAAUGGAUAGAAGCUUAGCAUUAUUGGCAUAUGAUUUCAAGCACACUCACCAGAUUAGGUGCAAAUGGGAAUGACAAACUCGUAAUUUCUAUUGGAAGUCAUAAUACGUAUCUAGAUUGUUAUUUCAUUGAAAAAAAUGAUGAUAUGUUAAUUAUUGAACAAAAUAAAAUAUAAAAUUGAAAAAA